AUGGCGAAUCGAAAAAAAGCAAGAAAAGCAGCUAAAAAAAUAAAAGAAAGACCUGAAGCUUCCAAAAAUUUAUCAGGCAAUAAAAAAAAGACUCCAUCGGCUGCUCCGAUUAAAUUGGUAUUAAAAGUUGGAAGCGAUACCGUCAUUAAGAGCAAAAAACGUGAUUCGAAGAAGACAGUAAAUCAAGCUAGUGGAAAGGCUAGUCAUAAAACCAAGGAAAGUAAAACGGAACUCUCCAUUUCUUCUAAGACGCGUAGUACCGCCCGUGAAAAGAGCACCUCGAGUAUUAAGAGCAAUAGUGGAAGUAGAAAACGUAAACUUGCUGCUCGUAAAUCGGACAUUGAAUCGACAUCGUCAGGCGAUGAUGAGCAGGAAUUGCUAGACAAACCCAAGACUAAAAAGAUAAAGUUAAAACUAGAUAAAUUAGCAGUGAAAUCCUCAAGUAAAUCUCGAAAGGAAGUCACUUCAUUUACCAAGGAUGUAGAUGAAACACCUAUAAAAACCAAAGUCAGUAAAUUAAUUUUCAAGCCGAUGCCUGAGAGCAGCCAGAAAUCGAAAAAAUCAAUUUCUCCCGUUCGAGAGAAACCAAUAAAUAUUAUAGAUGAACCAAGUUUAUCACCAGAGGAUAUCGAAGGUUCUAAUAAGCGGAUCUUACGUUUAUCAUUACUGAAUCUUGUUCGAACCCUUCAAAGAAAAGAUGUUGAUUCAAUAUUCGCUGAACCUGUUACUGAUGAUGUUGCUCCUGGGUAUUCAAAAAUUAUUUCCAAUCCUAUGGAUUUGAGUACCAUUAAGAAAAAAGUCAAUCGCUAUGAUGCGUUAGACGAAUUUCAGAGCGAUUUUGAAUUAAUGUGUAAUAACGCAAUGACAUACAACGAUUCCAGUACGAUUUUUUACAAGUGUGCCAAAAAAAUGAGGGAUGAUGGAUUAAUUUUGAUAAGCAAGAAAACUUUUUUGAAGUUAAAAUUAUCUCAUCGCUAUAAGGAACACGAAAAACUAUUGGAGAAAUAUAACGAAAUGAAACCUGAAAAAAUUCAAGACAAUGACAUUAGUAGUAGAAGUCGAAGGAGUACUGAUAGUUCUCUAAGGAUAUCUCAUAAAAGAAAUAGUUUAAAUACAAGUAAUAGUAUGAAGACAAAAUCGGAUCUAGUAAUAUCUGAUAGUUUAACGAGUAAUGAUAAAGGUCGACCCGAAAAUACUUCAAAAAAGCAACAUCUAUCUUAUGAUAAGAAACGCCAAGGAACGAGAAAUGAAAGACGAGGUGUAAGUGAACAGACAUCGAUUGAUGUAGAUGUUGUCAAUAUUGGAGAAGAUGUGACGAAAAGCACAAGGAACAGAAAAAAAAAAGAUUUUCAAGAUCAUCAGUUUACAGCAGCAAAGCGCCAAUUAACAACAUCAGUGCAAGCAGCAGCUAAGGAAGCAGCUAACAAUAUAGCUAAGCAAUCAAUAAAAACGAACUAUGGGCACUUUAAACGAAAACGAGAUGGAACAACUGUAUUAUCUGUAGUCAACCCUAGUAACGCAGAUGAUGAAUACGAAAUUAUUGCCGAUAAAAAGGUUAAUCUGGAGUCAUUGAAAGGCCCUAUAGUUUCUACCAGUAAUCAAUCCCUGAAUGAUCUUAAAAGCAUGCAAGUAAAACAAAUUAAGCCUGUUGAGUACCUACGUUAUGGAAACUUUUCAUCAUUUGCUCCAAUUUAUGACACAACGGCUUCAAAUUUAUCCAAAGAUGACUCGGACUUGAUUCUGUCUGCGUACGGAAAUAGUACCGCCUUAAAUUAUAGUAGAAGUUUGCAGCGAUUUGUAAGGAAUUGUUCAUCAUAUAUGACGGACUUUGUUGAUGAUAUCCUCAAUAGUAUGACUGAUGGCGAGCAUAAUAAAGUGAUAAAGCGCUUUAAACUGAAGGAAAAUGAAACAUUUAGUGCUUCAAAAUCCUCAUCUGGUCUUAAAUCCGAAAAUAUUAAGGAGAGAGAUGAUAAAAUGGAUGACAAGUCCAAAAUUGAAGGCGGAACUAGAGAAGGAGGAGUUGAUAACGAAUCCAAAAUUGUUGAAGAGCAUGGUAAUACUGAUAAUAAGGCUAAUAUGGCUGAAAAGGUAGAUCGCACUACAGAUGAUAAUAAAAUGAACGAAAAAUCCGAUACAUCAGUUAAGAAUGCUGAUAGUUCCUUAACUGAUGCUGAUAACGCGAAUACUAAUGUCGAUAAUAAGACUGAAUAUGGAACUGAGAACAGAACAAAUGACAUGAGUGAUUAUAAAACUGAUAACGAAUUAGCACCUAUACUAUCCUUGGGUAAAGAUGGUAUUGACAUCUCAUUUUUAACAAAUCAACUCGGAGAGAAGGAUAGUGUCGAAGCGGUUGAUAACAGUUACUCCAUCUCUGUGAAAGAAAGACUCGAUGAAAAUACUCGUCUUUUGGGAGAAUUGAAAGAGAUACAAACGGAAAGACUUACCAAACCGCAUGCUGUAGGAUUAACUGGAGGUAAAACUGUAUUGGUAAAAAUUGAAGAUAUGAGUGACAAGGAGAAAGCAGUAGCUAACAAGUUAGCUGAUAAUCUUACCCAACUUAGUGGCUUAGUUCAACCUGGCAAUUUAAUUUCAGUGGAAUCCUUACGAAGUGCCAUGGGAAUUGAGAUAUCAGAAGAGCUAUGA